CCCAAUCACGCCUCUCUUUAUCUCUCUCUCACUUUACUAUAGGUGGCAAGAGAAACAUUUUUGAAAAACAAAAUUGGUUGAAGAAGUUUGGUGUGGUUUGUUUGAGUUAUUCAUUUCACACACACAAAACAGAGUGAGCAUCUUUCUUGUAUUCUCUUUCAAGAAAAAUGGGAUUUGGAGACGAUAAUCACAGAGUUCAAUCCGUUGUUGAACUGCUCAAGAAACAAUCUCCACUUUCUCCCAAACAGGAGAGAUUCUGCAACAAUGCAUGCGUGGAGAGGUUUCUUAAAGCCAAAGGCGAUAGUGUGAAGAAAGCAGCUAAACAUCUCAGAAAUUGCCUUUCUUGGAGAGAUUCCUUUGCCGUUGAUCAUUUGAUGGCUGAUGAAUUCUCUCCUGAGCUUGCUGAAGGAAUGGCGUAUGUUGCUGGCCAUGACGAUGAACUAAGACCUGUCAUGAUUUUCCGAAUCAGGCAAGAUUACCAGAAAUUCCAUUCACAGAAAUUAUUUAUUCGGUUGCUAGUGUUUACACUCGAAGUGGCAGUUCAAACUAUGGGAAAAAAUGUGGAACAAUUUGUCCUCCUCUUUGAUGCAAGCCUUUUCAAAUCAGCAGCUGCCUUUACGAACAUGUUGGUUGCAAGUCUCAAAAUCAUAGCUGAUAAUUACCCGCGACGGCUUCACAAGGCCUUUGUCAUUGACCCUCCAUCUCUUUUCUCCUACCUUUGGAAGGGAGUGAGAUCGUUCGUGGAGGUUUCAUCGGUUACGAUGACAAUCUCAUCGGUGGAGUUGGAAGAAUCGUUUAGAUUGGAUGAUCUGAAGGCGUAUCCAAAAAUGGGGUCGUGCUCCUCAUCAAGAUUCUCGUUCACGGUGUCGCAUCAUCUGGAUUCGGUGAAACCGUGGUAUCUAUCGCUGAAAGAUGCGUCGGGAGGCCCAAGGAUGAAUGGUAGGUCCCUCUCCUUCGCAUCGCCCAUCGCCCGCAAUAUCAUCCGCCGCCCACCAACUCCUAAACCCUCCUUCCUCCAAUCUCCGUCCUUGUUUUUUCGGAGGGACGACAGUCGAGUGGAGAGAAGCAGCGAAUCAUUUGUACCGUUUUUAAAGUUUUAUCGAAUGUCGUACGACGAGAUGAUUUAUAGGUCCAAGAUGAGGCCUCCUUUGGGCGGACUCGUCUCCAUUGUGUCUCCACAAAUUAGGCGCACUCAUAUGUCCGUCUCUCAACGAUUUUGAUCAAAAUAAGUAUCCGAGAGAUUCAUGUUUUGGCAUUAGCUUCUUCUCAAAUUGAGUUUUCUUUAAUCUUAAUUGUAUAACCAAAAUAUAUUUCAUUUUGCUUCCUAUGUAUAUUGUCCUAUUAUCUUCAUUUUCAAAAUUUG